AUGGCGGCCGUCUGUAGCAGUUUAGCAAUUUUCUCUCUUUUCUGGUCUUUUUCUCUGGCAGUGAAGGAUGUUUUCCAUGAGGAAUUGCUACUGAGACCGUUGAAAACUGGCCACGUAUAUGCACACUUUCAAUUCACUACAGUUUGGGAUGUGGAUAUCAGGGACACAAAAUCCUUCUCCCACUACAAGCUGUUUCCAAAAUCCUUUGGACAGAUUGUUAAUCAGUAUUCAGUAGAAGAACUUCACCUGAGUCUAACACAGGGACAGUGGCAGCAUGAACAGUGGGGGUACCCUGUGACAUCAGCCCCUCCUGGGGCAGAGUUAUGGGUGUGGUUCCAGGAUAGAGUGAAGGACAGUGUGGAUGAGAACUGGUCAGGACUUACUCAGGCAUUGUCAGGCCAAUUUUGCGCUUCCCUGAAUUUCAUAGACAGUAAGACAACCACAAGCCCCAAACUUUCCUUUACAAGGGAAGGUGUUACCUCUACUGCUGGUACAAACUCUUCAUUAUUGAGACAUGCAGCUUUGCCCAGAGAGUUGGUUUGCACUGAGAACCUCACUCCAUGGAAAAAACUGUUGCCAUGUGACUCAAAGGCCGGUCUAACUACAUUAUUUAACUCAUUGCUGCUGUAUAGAGUUAAUUAUCAUUCUCUAGCAGUUCAUUUGAGACCAAUCUGCCAGGAUACAAGCUGUUCACAAUACUCUGUGGAAUUAGUACAGUCAGUUUCCAUGGUGUUGGACCCACUGUUAAGAGGGGGAUCCAAAUAUGAUUGGUCCUUCAAGAAGUUAUUUGGUCGUUCCAUCAAGUCUGCAUGUCCUCUGGCUACUACCAGUCGCAUUUAUGUUGAUAUAAGCAGUAACAAGAGCGAUUCCCAGUUCACAUUGUCUCCAGCUUUCUCUACAGUAACAAAACAAGUGACAGGACAGCAUCAACAAUACUUUGCCAUGUAUGACAUGAAACAAAUGAUCAAUACCAGUGUUUCUGACUCAGCUCUUAAUGUGGUGUUCAAGUGGAAGAGGAGAGUUGCUAAAGGUGUACCUCCACAGCUUUAUGCUCAAAGAUUUGUAACAGGGUAUGGUGAAGAAAAAGGUGGUAUUACAUCCAUGUUGCACAAUUGUCACCCCACAGAUCCCCUGCCAGUUGUUUACUUUGCUACCUUCCCGUGGUACCUCAGGAUCUUUCUUCACACCUUAACCAUCAAAAGUGCUGGCAAGGAAAUCAAGCCUGAUAUCAUCCACGUGACUCCAGCAAAGGAUCGUUUGCGGCCUUAUACUGUGGAAAUGCUGCUGACUUUACCAGCAAACUCUGUUACAGAACUGAGCGUACAGUUCCAUAAAGGAUUCCUGAAAUGGACAGAACAUCCUCCAGAUGCUCAUCAUGGGUUCUACAUCAGUUCUGCUGUGAUCUCUACAAAACUUCAAGGCCCAAAAAAUUACACUGGUCCAGCACGCCACACCUCUCUCCUGUUUGAAAGUGAUGAAACUACUCCAGCGGAGGAAGUGUUUCUUCGUGUUCACACAGAAGUUUUACUGAUCACCCUCCCCACCCCUGACUUCAGCAUGCCAUAUAACGUCAUCUGUUUGGCCUGCACUGUAGUAGCCAUUGCAUUUGGUUCUUUUCAUAAUCUGUCUGUGCGGAGAUUUGAGGCUGUUGACCCCAAGGAGAGCACUGGUCUUGUUGGCAAGUUGAAAGCUUUUCUCGCCAAGCUAAAGGGUAAAGUUUUUGGGAAGAAGAAGGAAGAAAUUGCAGAAGAAAAGAAAGAAAAUUAAAGUGAACGUUGUAGCAGCAGUAAAGGUGCCUCGCGAGGUCUGUCGCGCAGGAGUAAAGCGUUGAAUAUUCUAGUGGCCGAACCAAUCAGAACUCAGAAAAAUGAGCACGUUAUAUGUGGCACGAGCAGGAAAAAAAAGCGAUGACGCUUUGAGUCAACUAAUAAUAAUCACUGGUCUGUGAUUGGCCGGUUAGAUUGUUGAGCGCGUUGUGCGUGUUUGAUCCCUACAGAACUUUACUCAAGCAGCUGUUUUGGUUGUUUGAAAAUGAAGAAAGAAUGUUUGGAAAGAUGAGCAUCAAAAAAGACGAGGAAACUUUUUGUUUUGUGUAGAGUGAAAUGAUGAACGUUUCUUUAAAAAAAAAAACGUUUUGGAAGGAGAAGCCCCUUUUUUUCCAUGAAAAAAAAAAGAC